ACCCUAGUAAGAAACUAAUCCACCCAUGACCAAUUAAUAACAAGUCACACACACAAAGAUUGCAUGCAUGAGGCCAUGAGCUCAUAUAAUGUGUGUAUAUAUAUUGCAUAUGCAUGCUCUCACUAAACGACAAAUAAUAGCAUGGAUAGCAUCACCACUCUACUUUGACCUUUUGACUCACUCCCUCCAUAUUUUCAUUCCCUCCCAAAAACGCCUCCUUUCCAUUCUCCAACCACUGUUUUCUCACUCUAUGGGGAACUGCGCCGCCUCACGGCUCGCCGCCGGUGAUGAGGACGCGGUGGCACUCUGCCGGGAUCGGAAGACACUCCUCAAGUCCGCUGUUGACUGCCGCUACGCCCUUGCCGAUGCUCACAGCAACUAUAUACACUCGCUCAGCGGGGUUGCCGCUGCCAUUGGGAUGUUCGUGGCGCGGCACUCCUCGCCGGACUCCAUUCUGAUCGCGUUGCCUGCGCCUGUGGCUGGAACGGAGCCGGCGUUCUUACGGCAGACGCCGACGGAGGCAAAGCUGGAAGCUUUGGAGCUUGAGAAGCCGGUUUCGGCCCCGGUUUCAGAGGAGGAGGGGGAGGAGAAGGAGGGGGGUUCGAGGGGGAUGGGGUAUGGGUAUUAUGUGGGGGAAGUGGCUCCGGUGGUGGGAGAUGGGGGAUUUGGGUGGGAUUUCUUCAAUCCUUUUAAUGGGAUGGUUGGAGGGUUGAGAGGGUGCUCGGAAGAGGAGCUGAGAGCGGUCAGGGAGGAGGAGGGGAUUCCAGAGCUUGAGGAUGAGGAUGAGGUGAAGAAGGGAGGGAUUGAGGGUGAGAACAAUGCGGAGGUGGUGAAGGUUGAGACUGAGGAGCAGGAGGAAGAAGAGGAGCAGGAGAAGGGGCUUACAGUUAUGGGAGCUCCAGAGAAGGAGAGGGAGCUUUUAGAAGCUUUGAGGAAUGUUGAAGAUCAGUUCAUCAGGGCUUAUGAUGCUGGGAAAGAGGUCUCAAGGAUGCUUGAAGCUAGUCAAGUUCAGUUUCAAUCUGGUGUAGAUGGGAUCAAAGAGAAUUCGUCAAAGAUCAUUCAGGCGAUCACGUGGCAUCGAUCUCCUUCAUCUCAGUCUUCUUCAUCAUAUAGGAGUUAUACUGCAUCGAGCUCAAAUAGCACGUCAUGGACUGAAAGCAAGAGUGAUAUAUUUUAUGACUAUGGUGGGAUGGAAUCAGGAAGUCAUUCUCAGACUCUUGGAAGGUUAUAUGCUUGGGAGAAGAAGCUGUAUGAAGAAGUGAAGGACGGAGAAAGUACCAGACAGGUUUAUGAGCGCAAAUGUGCACAACUAAGGAACCAGGAUGCUCGUGGAGCUGAUCCACGGGUUGUGGACAAAACUCGAGCUGCAGUUAAAGACUUGUACACAAGGAUCUGGGUUUCAUUACGUUCUGCUGAUACAAUAUCCAAAAGAAUAGAGAAACUGAGAGACGAAGAGUUGCAUCCGCAACUAAUUGAGUUGAUGCAAGGCCUGCUGCGAACUUGGAAAGUAAUGCUAGAAUCACAUGACACCCAGAAACAGAUCAUGGCUGAAGUGAAGUUGUUCACCUGCCCAGCUUAUGGAAAGUACUGCACUGAUUCUCAGCGUCUGGCGACUGUUAAGCUUGAGGCUGAACUUCGGCAUUGGAGGACAUGCUUUAGAAACUAUGUUGUUGCACAGAUAGCAUAUGUUGAAGCAAUUGAUGGUUGGCUAUCGAAAUUCAUUGUUCAUGAUAUCGAGUACUAUACUCGUGGUAGAUCUUCCUAUGGAGCCGGAGCUCCACCUCUUGUCACACUCUGUCAUGACUGGCUAUCCUCACUGAGAAUUCUGCCGGAAAAACAAGUCUCAUGUGAAAUGAAAAGCUUCAUCAGAGACAUCAGAGAUUUAUGGGCUAAGCAAGGAGAGGAGCAGCAUCAGAAGAGGAAGGUCGAUAGCCUCGCAAAAGAAUUCGACCGAAGGAUGCAAGCAUUGCAGAAAGCUGAAACCAAGGUUCUCGAACUCAACCCUUCCGAGCUGAAGGCUGAACCAGACGUGCGACAGAGAGUGGAGUAUUUAACUGAGAGAAAGGACUCAUUAGAAAUGUUCAAGAAUAAACUUGAAGCCGAGAAGGUGAAACACCGGGAAUGCAUGCAUGAGACAGAACGAGUGACUUUGAACGGUUUUACUAUCGAUCUCAGCAGUAUUUUCAGAGCACUGAAAGAGUUCUCGAAUGCUUCAGUGAAACUUUAUGAUGAACUACUGGUUCAGAAUGAGAAAGCUAAGAGAUCAGUUGAGGAUGAGAAGCCAGCUUACAUAGAAUAAGGCUCACAUAUGCUUUGAGGUUUGUAAAUUAGACACUGUAGUUGUUCAUGUUUUAAAUACCUGCUUAUGAAGGUUCUGAUUAAUUGUUGAUUAGGUCUCUAACUUGCC